AUGGUCAUGAUCACGGAGUUACUUUUUGGGGCACGGCGGCUGCUUUGCACGUUUCAAGAGGGCACCUUCUCGCUCAUCAUUGAGGCUCUCCAUACAGACUCUCCUGACGACCUCACCACAGAAAACCCUGAGCGCCUCAUCAGCCGCCUGGCCACCCAGAGGCACUUGGCAGUGGGGGAAGAGUGGUCCCAGGACCUGCACAGCAGCGGCCGCACUGACCUCAAGUAUUCCUAUCGCUUUGUGUGCGACGAGCACUACUAUGGAGAAGGCUGUUCUGUCUUCUGCCGCCCCAGGGACGAUGCCUUUGGUCACUUCACUUGUGGAGAGCGUGGCGAGAAAGUCUGCAACCCAGGCUGGAAGGGCCAGUACUGCACUGAGCCAAUUUGUUUGCCCGGAUGCGAUGAGCAACAUGGCUUUUGCGACAAACCUGGGGAAUGCAAAUGCAGAGUGGGUUGGCAGGGGCGAUACUGUGACGAGUGCAUCCGAUACCCGGGAUGCCUUCAUGGUACCUGUCAGCAGCCUUGGCAAUGCAACUGCCAGGAAGGCUGGGGUGGCCUUUUCUGCAACCAGGACUUGAACUACUGCACCCACCACAAGCCCUGCAAGAACGGUGCCACAUGCACCAAUACUGGUCAGGGGAGCUACACUUGUUCUUGCCGACCUGGGUACACAGGCUCCAACUGUGAGAUUGAAAUCAAUGAAUGUGAUGCCAACCCUUGCAAGAAUGGUGGAAGCUGCACUGAUCUUGAGAACAGCUAUUCCUGCACCUGCCCCCCAGGCUUCUAUGGUAAAAACUGUGAGCUGAGUGCAAUGACUUGUGCUGAUGGACCAUGCUUCAAUGGUGGGCGGUGCACCGACAACCCUGAUGGGGGAUACAGCUGCCGCUGCCCACUGGGCUAUUCUGGGUUCAACUGCGAAAAGAAAAUAGAUUACUGCAGUUCCAGCCCUUGUGCUAAUGGAGCUCAGUGUGUUGACCUGGGGAACUCCUACAUAUGCCAGUGCCAGGCUGGCUUUACUGGGAGACACUGUGAUGAUAACGUGGACGACUGUGCCUCCUUUCCCUGUGUCAAUGGAGGGACCUGCCAGGAUGGCAUCAAUGACUAUUCCUGCACCUGUCCCCCGGGAUACAACGGGAAGAACUGCAGCACCCCGGUGAGCAGAUGUGAACACAACCCCUGCCACAACGGGGCCACCUGCCAUGAGAGAAACAACCGCUACGUCUGCGAGUGUGCCCGGGGCUAUGGUGGCCUCAAUUGCCAGUUUUUGCUCCCCGAGCCCCCUCAGGGGCCGGUCAUCGUCGACUUCACUGAGAAGUACACUGAUGGCCAGAACGCCCAGUUCCCCUGGAUUGCUGUCUGUGCUGGGAUUAUUCUGGUCCUCAUGCUGUUGCUGGGGUGUGCUGCUGUGGUCGUCUGCGUCAGGCUCCGAGUGCAGAAGAGGCACCACCAGCCUGAUGCCUGCAGGAGUGAGACUGAGACCAUGAACAACCUGGCGAACUGCCAGCGUGAGAAGGACAUUUCCAUAAGUGUCAUUGGUGCCACUCAGAUUAAACACACAAAUAAGAAAGUAGCCUUUCACAGUGAUAACUCCGAUAAAAAUGGCUACAAAGUCAGAUACCCAUCAGUGGAUUACAAUUUGGUGCAUGAACUCAAGAACGAGGACUCUGUUAAAGAGGAGCACAGCAAAUGUGAAGCCAAGUGUGAAACAUAUGAUUCAGAGGCAGAAGAGAAAAGUGCAGUACAACUAAAGAGUGAUACUUCUGAAAGAAAACGACCAGAUUCAGUAUAUUCCACUUCAAAGGACACAAAGUACCAGUCGGUGUAUGUCACAAUUUGUUUGCCCGGAUGCGAUGAGCAACAUGGCUUUUGCGACAAACCUGGGGAAUGCAAAUGCAGAGUGGGUUGGCAGGGGCGAUACUGUGACGAGUGCAUCCGAUACCCGGGAUGCCUUCAUGGUACCUGUCAGCAGCCUUGGCAAUGCAACUGCCAGGAAGGCUGGGGUGGCCUUUUCUGCAACCAGGACUUGAACUACUGCACCCACCACAAGCCCUGCAAGAACGGUGCCACAUGCACCAAUACUGGUCAGGGGAGCUACACUUGUUCUUGCCGACCUGGGUACACAGGCUCCAACUGUGAGAUUGAAAUCAAUGAAUGUGAUGCCAACCCUUGCAAGAAUGGUGGAAGCUGCACUGAUCUUGAGAACAGCUAUUCCUGCACCUGCCCCCCAGGCUUCUAUGGUAAAAACUGUGAGCUGAGUGCAAUGACUUGUGCUGAUGGACCAUGCUUCAAUGGUGGGCGGUGCACCGACAACCCUGAUGGGGGAUACAGCUGCCGCUGCCCACUGGGCUAUUCUGGGUUCAACUGCGAAAAGAAAAUAGAUUACUGCAGUUCCAGCCCUUGUGCUAAUGGAGCUCAGUGUGUUGACCUGGGGAACUCCUACAUAUGCCAGUGCCAGGCUGGCUUUACUGGGAGACACUGUGAUGAUAACGUGGACGACUGUGCCUCCUUUCCCUGUGUCAAUGGAGGGACCUGCCAGGAUGGCAUCAAUGACUAUUCCUGCACCUGUCCCCCGGGAUACAACGGGAAGAACUGCAGCACCCCGGUGAGCAGAUGUGAACACAACCCCUGCCACAACGGGGCCACCUGCCAUGAGAGAAACAACCGCUACGUCUGCGAGUGUGCCCGGGGCUAUGGUGGCCUCAAUUGCCAGUUUUUGCUCCCCGAGCCCCCUCAGGGGCCGGUCAUCGUCGACUUCACUGAGAAGUACACUGAUGGCCAGAACGCCCAGUUCCCCUGGAUUGCUGUCUGUGCUGGGAUUAUUCUGGUCCUCAUGCUGUUGCUGGGGUGUGCUGCUGUGGUCGUCUGCGUCAGGCUCCGAGUGCAGAAGAGGCACCACCAGCCUGAUGCCUGCAGGAGUGAGACUGAGACCAUGAACAACCUGGCGAACUGCCAGCGUGAGAAGGACAUUUCCAUAAGUGUCAUUGGUGCCACUCAGAUUAAAAACACAAAUAAGAAAGUAGACUUUCACAGUGAUAACUCCGAUAAAAAUGGCUACAAAGUCAGAUACCCAUCAGUGGAUUACAAUUUGGUGCAUGAACUCAAGAACGAGGACUCUGUUAAAGAGGAGCACAGCAAAUGUGAAGCCAAGUGUGAAACAUAUGAUUCAGAGGCAGAAGAGAAAAGUGCAGUACAACUAAAGAGUGAUACUUCUGAAAGAAAACGACCAGAUUCAGUAUAUUCCACUUCAAAGGACACAAAGUACCAGUCGGUGUAUGUCAUAUCGGAAGAGAAAGAUGAGUGCAUCAUAGCAACUGAG